ACGUGUCGAACUCCCAGUGGAUAGACAGCGGCUAAGGCGUCGGCGGCGGCUACCCUUUUUAUAAGGCUGGCCGGAGCUCGGCGACGAGAAGGGAGAACGGAAAGAGAAAUACUCCCGUCCCUCGAUUCGAACGCGAGAGCACGGGCUAGGGCCAAAGCGCAGGUGAUCGAUCGUUUGCGCGCAGGCAGCAGCAGCUGGUUCAGAUUCUAAUCAAGAAGCGAGGGCUCGAUUUCUCCGCAAUGAAGUGCCGUUCUGAUUCCUCGGGGGGUGAUGAUCCCUGGGCUCCUCGUCCUCCUGCUCCCCCCGCUGCUGGCGAUGGCAGCUCUAACGAGCCAACCAAGAAGCAGCGAACGGACCGGCCCUCAAGCUCAGCCCAGGCUGGUGCAUCGUCCUCUUCCCAGGCUGAACCACCACAGCAGCAGCAGCUGACGCCAGAUGCAAGAGAGGAUGGUGAGCCACCAAGGGUGCCGGAUCUUGGGGAUGACUUGAUGUUCGAGGUGCUGCGGCGGGCAGAGGCGCGGACACUGGCCGCUUCGGCGUGCGUGAGCCGGGGAUUACGGCAGCUGGCGCAAGACGAGCGGCUGUGGGAGGCAGCUUGUGUACGGGAGUGGGCGAACCUUGGCUUCUCUGAGCAGCAGCUCCGUCGAGUCGUGCUCUCUCUCGGUGGCUUCCGUCGUCUGCACGCAGUCCACAUUCGCCCCCUCCAGCGGCGUGGUGCUGGUGUACCCAGACAGGGAAGGCGGCAGUUGCCGGUGAGGUUGGGCCGGGACCAGGUUCAGCUCUCUCUGUCUCUGUUCUCGAUUGGGUUCUUUCAGAGCAUGCCUAAUGCUCCUCUUCCUAAGAAAGACAAGGGUAACGACAGUGAUAAGAGCGGAGGUGGGCAGUGCGGGUGAUCCAGUUUAUGUAAGAAGCUUUCAUCUCUCCAACAAAAUUGCUGUCAGUUGCUGUGUGGCCGAGAUCUAGAUACCUUUACUGCUAGGCUGACAGGAAAUGCUAGAGAGUGGAGGGGAGAGACUACAGAAAGAUGGUUCAGUUGAUAAGGAACAUGGCCGAGAUAGAGUGGAAGUGUAAGAUUUCAAGUUAUCAGAUAUGUUGUUCUAAUAAACUUGUAAGCGAUAGGAGGUAGUUUCACUUGGAUUAAUGGAAUGUGGAUAGGUGUAUGAAUA